AUGUUCAUCCUUGAGGAACCUAAGUUGAGGAAACGGCGACGGCCCUCAGAAGAUCCUGCAGAUAUCGAGCAGGUGCCACCUGCAAAGAAACAGAGAUCUACUCCAGAGAGCUCUGCGGGGCCUGGCCAUCGCCGCUUCUGGGACACGCUGUCCAAGAUCUGGCUGUCUUACAAUGCCCUGGGGGAAUUUGACUGCAGGACCAAUCAAGAGACGUCUCAGCCGGAUUCGGUACCAACUCCAGUCGUAGAGUGCCCUACGGGGCGAGCUCGACAACGGCUCAAGCGGUUCGCUCGACAGGGUGGUCCUGAUCUAUCAGAUCUUCGAGGAUUUGCCAGCUUCCCUCUUCCUUUUGAUGACAUGGCGAUCGGCUCGACCCGCUCUCAAAGCCGCAAACGGCCUUCAACGUCCAGACGAGGGAGCUUCGCCAGAUCCUUAAUUAGACCAUACAGUCGCAAUUUCAAGCAAAAAUUAAUUGACGAAGGGGUUUACCCAGCAGACUAUCGACACCCAGAUGGACAUCCACGACCUGAGCCCGUAAAUUUAAAUGAGAUUCACAACAAGCUUACGGCCGCACGACCAUCCCUCUCAGUGCCCCGAUUUGCGGAAACAGAGUUCAGGGCAUUUAUGCAGCAAAAUGAUAUGGUUCUCAGUGAGGCAGCGGCAAUGUCCAGCCUCAUCCCCAUUAUCGCCGGAACAGGAGACCGGGAUUAUCAUUCAGGGGCCGAUGAUGUGUUCAACAACCUUGAACCCUUGGACAAGAAUUUGAGCGAUCCUCAACCUGAUGUGUACUAUGGAGCGCCACCGUCUGCAAUCGAUCGGCGUGUCCGCAGUGAGCUUGACAAAUACAUCAUUCCCUCUACCGACACAAGCCGUCCUGCUGCCCCCAACUUCUUUCUAGAAGGUAAGGGUCCGUGUGGACGGGCGGACGUGGCAAAGAUUCAAGCUCUCUAUUAUGGGACUAUGGGUGCCCGGGCAAUGCACAAACUACAGAAUUAUGGAGCUGAUGAGCUAGUCUACGACAACAAGGCGUACAGUUUCACCAGUACAUACCAUGCGGGCACAGGUACCCUCCAGAUCUACGCGAUGCAUCUCACGCAACCCACAGUGCCUGGAGGCAAACCUGAGUAUCAUAUGACACAACUGCGCUCAUUCGCCAUGACAGAUACUCUAGCCCGGUUUCGAGAGGGUGCUGCAGCCUACCGCAAUCUCCGAGACCUGGCAAUGUCCCAGCGAAACAACUUCAUUAAGAAAGCCAACCAGGUGGCUCGCCAAUUACCUCCUCCCAACCUAACCACCAUUUUCACGGACAGCCGUGCAUCUCUGUCGAAAUUUUAUGAGAUCGAGUCAGAGACCUCAGCAGACGAGCUGGCUCUCGAUUAUGUGGCUCCGAUCAAACGCCAGAAACCUGCUAGGGCACAGCGAAAUAGCUAUGCCGGCAAGACCAAACAAGUGUCGCGCCAGACGCCAUCUUCCAAGUCAACCACUACUUCUACGGGUACCCUUCCAUCUCUUUCGAGAUCUCUAACGGACGAGUCAGAGACCUCUCUAGAGGAGCUGGCUCUCGAUGAUGUGGCACCGAUCAAACGCCAGAAAUCUGCCAGGGCACAGAGAAAUAGCUCUGCCGGCAAAGCCAAACAAGUGUCCCGCCGGGCUCCAUUUUCCAAGUCAACCACUAUUUCUACGGGUAGCCGUACAUCUCUGUCGAAACUUUACGAGGUCGAGUCAGAGACCUCAGCAGACGAGCUGGCUCUCGAUUAUGUGGCACCGAUCAAGCGUCAGAAAUCUGCCAGGGCACAGAGAAAUAGCUCUGCCGGCAAAACCAAACAACUGGCUCUCGAUUAUGUGGCACCGAUCAAGCGUCAGAAAUCUGCCAGGGCACAGAGAAAUAGCUCUGCCGGCAAAACCAAACAAGUGUCCCGCCAGAUGCCAUCUUCCAAGUCAACUACUAUUUCUACGGGUAGCCGUACAUCUCUUUCGAGAUCUCUAACGGACGAGUCAGAGACCUCUGCAGAUGAGCAGGCUCGUAAUGAGCUGACGCUCGAUAAGCGCCUGAGACGUGCUCAACAUCCAGCUAGCUACAAGUCUCUGAGCGGCAGACACUAUCACACUACCCCUUCCCAAACCCCUGAUGGCUGGUAG